AUGAUAGUGAGGCCGGCCAUGCUGUAUGGUAUGGAAACUGUACCAAUAACAGACAGACAAGAGGCGGAGAUGGAAGUAGUGGAAUUGAAGAUGCUGCAGUGUGCUCUUGGAGUGAAGAGACGAGGCAAAAUAAAGAACGAACACAUCAGAGAGGCAACACACGUACGUCGGUUUGAAGACAAGGCAAGAGAGGCGAGAUUGAGAAGAUUCAGGCAUAUAAGAAGAGCUGAGGCAUAUGUGGGAAGGAGAAUGCUGGAAAUGGACCUGCCCGGCAGGAGGAAGAGAGGAAGACCAAAGAGGAGAUAG